AUGCAUUACCCCCUGAUAGCCGUGCUCUGCUGGUACGGGUUGCCUGUCGGCCUGGCUUUCGCCCCGCCGCCGCUGGUGCGUGCUCGUGUCGGCAGCAGAAACACCGCAUCGGCGGUGGCAUGUCACCUUUUCAGCCCAGACCACGGGGAUCAUGACGGCCCGAUAGUAAGAGCACCUUCGAAGGCAGCGAAGGCUGCCGCGCAGGGCAAGGAGGUCUCGGGGAAACCGUCGGGUGGGUGGGGCUCUUGGGAGAAGGUAGUCUCCCAGCGGGUCGAACAGGACGAGGUGCUGGACAGGUUUACCUCGGCGGGGGGCGUCCCGGAAGCUGCGAAGCUCGCUGUUAGAACAGCGAAUUCGGGGGACAUGCCGAGCAUCUCCAGACUAUGCAUCGACAUAUUUCGGGGACCGUUCCAGUGGUUCGAGCUUCCCAUACAGCUAUUCCAGGAGUUCGCCUUCUUCGGGCAGAUCAAGGGCCGCCUUGGGCGCGUGACCCGCAACGAGAUCAAGCACAGCAUGGUGAUCGCCCAGGACACGACCAGCCGCAGGGUCGUGGGGUUCCUCGAGAUCGGGAUGCUCCCCAAGCCCAGCUCCUCGGAGGAGAGCGCCCUCGCCGGGGAGAGCCUGACGGCGGCCAGGGCGUCGGCCGCGCUAGCGGCGGCGGCGGUAGCGUCGGGCGCGAAAAAGAAGUCGGACGGCGAGCGUUCUUCGUCGACGCCGCGGGCGGGUGCCACCACUACCGAGGGUGGAGCCGGGAGGCCGAGCCGGGAGGGGGGGGGGAGCCGGAGAGAAGGGGGGCGUGAGAGCAGCACCACUGCCAUCAAGAGGGAGAAGCAGCCGGAUGUGGCCUACCUGGCCAACGUGGUGGUCGACAGAGGGCAGCGGCGGAGGGGGAUCGGCCGCACGAUGGUCAACUCGGCCAUCGAGAUCGGCAACGACAUUGCGCUAGCUCUGUACCAAGGGAUGGGCUUCGAGUUGGCGGCGCUCGAGGACGAGAUGAUGGCGAGAAGUCGAAGACGCCCCCCCCGGGUGUACCUCUCGAAGCCUCUCCACUAG